GCAUUCCCGGGAGAGGAAAAAAAAAGCAUCUUAAGAAACUAGGAAGUUCUCUCUAUACACAACUGAAUCGCAUCUCUUUACUUUCGUGUCUCUGUGCGCAUGCUGAAUGGGGCGAAAGACGCAUGCGCCUUUCCAUCGCCGAGGAAACGCCCGGCCGGCGAGAGGCUAAGGGAGCUAGGCCACCGUCGAAGCCGGAGGCUUGCGUAGAUGUCUUCGCCGGAGGAGGCGCGAGUUGCGCCGGCCCCAGAGGGCGACCUGCCCCCGGAGUGGGAGACAGAUGAAGAGCGCAUGGCCUUCCUGUUCUCGGCCUUUAAGCAGAGCCGGGAGGUCAAUGCCACCGAAUGGGAUAGCAAGAUGGGCUUCUGGAGCGAGUUGGUGCUGAAGUGGGGCCGUCGCCGGGGAGGGGUCUGCACCUGCUUACGCGAGCUUCAGCAGGCCUUCGAGCGGCGGGGGAGCGUCCCCCUGGGGCUGGGCACUGUCCUGCGCGAGCUGCUCAGACGUGGCAAGUUGCAGAGGGAAUCUGACUUCAUGGCCAGUGUCGACAGCAGCUGGAUCUCCUGGGGCGUGGGAGUCUUCAUUCUGAAGCCGCUGAAGUGGACCCUGUCUAGUGUGUUAGGUGACAGCAAAAUGCCAGAGGAGGAGGAAAUUCUGAUCUAUGUGGAGUUACUUCAGGAGAAGGCAGAAGAAGUGUAUCAUCUGUACCAGAAUUCCACACUUUCUUCACAUCCUGUUGUUGGCUUGUCAGAGUUGCGUUCCUUGUGUACCAGCAUUUGUCCGGAUGAAAGGACGUUCUGCCUGGUGUUGCUGCAGCUGCAGAAGGAAAAAAGGGUCACGGUUCUGGAGCAAAAUGGCAAUAAGAUAAUGAAAUUUGCCCGAGGUCUUCACACCAAAGUGUCUCCAGUGAAUGAUGUAGACAUUGGGGUUUAUCAGCUGAUGCAGAGUGAACAACUGCUGUCUCAGAAAGUGGAAUCCCUGGCACAAGAAGCAGAGAGAUGUAAAGAGGAAGCUCGGAGUGCAUGCAGAGCUGGAAAAAAACAGCUGGCACUUAGAUCUUUGAAAUCCAAGCGAAGAACAGAAAGACGCAUUGCGGAACUUCACUCCAAGCUGGAUGUGGUACAAGGCAUUCUGGAUCGGAUAUACACCUCUCAGACAGAUCAGAUGGUAUUUAAUGCUUACCAGGCUGGAGUGGGAGCUCUGAAACUGUCCAUGAAAGAUGUCACAGUGGAAAAGGCAGAGAAUCUGGUGGAUCAGAUUCAAGAGCUUUGUGACACCCAGGAUGAAGUAGCCCAGACCUUAGCAGGAGUUGGAAUCAAUGGCUUAGAGGCUGACACUGAGGAACUGGAAAAGGAGCUGGACAAUCUUCUCCUGGACUCUUCAAAAGAUCUUCUGGACCUGCCUUCAGUUCCACAGAAGCCAUUGUUUCCUGAGACUGUAGCGCUUCCAAGCAUCUCAGAUGCUGAACUUGAAGCCGAGCUGGAGAAGCUCACUCUUUCAGAUGGAGUUAUAGGAUCGGCACAAAAGACUGACUCAAACUCUUCUGAGCCCAAAAGAGCUCUGGAAUUGCAUCUCUAAUGACUCAGUACCACCUUCCUACUAUGAAGAUGUCUUAAACUUUGGUGACCAUAACUGCAAAAGUUACUUGUGGAAUGUGGGCUAACAUUGCCCUUGCUAGAUGGCACUUUUGUAAGAGACAGGAUGUACCCGCCAUGACAAUGCAUCAUCUUUCAAACAUAUCCCAACUUUUGUCACCGUUUUCUUUUCAGUGCCAAACUACAGUGUCUCUGGUUGACGUGUUCACCUGUGUUGCCAGAUGACAUGCUGAAGGCCCUUCUACUACUUAAUGGAACUGAACCUAGUUGUGACAGCCAUUGGAGAGAAUCAGAAAUGCAAUAGGAUUACAGUUUUCCCUGGCAUCCAGCUGUUGUGUGUGGCUGUGCAAAAACACUUGGUGCACAUGAUAAGAUACUGACUGGUAGCCAUCCCUUGGCAACAGGCAUACACACAUGUUGAUGGGCUUUCUUUUCUUCCUUAUCUGUGUUUGCACGAUUGUGGACAACAUAGAUGUGUGACAGUUUUAUUGUAGGAUACUUUUUUUAGUUGCUGUUCCUACAAGGAGGUAGCAUUUGCCAGCACAAAAUGUAACUUACCCCCCUUUCACCAAUACUAGUGUAGCCUUAAAGGGACCUGCAAAGGAUUUUAAAAUGAAGGUGUUUAGUUUAUAGUUGCUGCUUGAAGAUGAUUAUCUUUUGAUGUUUAAGAAAGUGCUUGUCAGUUUACCUGCAGGAAGAGUCAGCAACAUUUUAUCUUCUGCUUUGGUGCAAUGCUUCCUUUAGUAUUCCUGAUGGAUUUAUGAUGAGCCUUUUAAUCAGAAAUGUAUAAAUGAUGGCUGUGUAUCUUCUGAGAGGCUCUUUAGUCACAUACGCCAGAAGAUCUUUAAAAAUGGCAGAAGUUUGGAGAUCAGCAUCUCUGCACCUGACUCAUUUCUUGGGGAGAGUUGCUGUUUCCUAUUAACACAGGAAAUAAAUUUGCAUGAUGGAAAAGCUAAUGGGUAAAAUGUCAAUUAGCCUAUUGGGAUGACUUUUACCUAUAUUGGGAAAAGUGCAAUUGUUUUUCCCCUCUGUAGAUCACCUUUUACAAAGCUGGGCUUUUACAAAGCUGUAGAUCACCUUUUACAAAGCUGCAUUCUUUCUCAAUGGCGGUUGCUUUCUGUGUGGCCAGAAUAAUUGCAAGAGGAAGAGCUGGCACUUUGCUUGUGUUGUCAGUGCACUGCAUGGUUCUCGGUGAAGUACACAGGCAGUGGGAACUAGAUAUAUAGUGAAAAGCUGUCAUAAGUAGUGCCUGCCAGUACACUUGCAGCCUGUUCCAAGACAAGAGUAUAUGCUCUUAGGCACAGUGGUCUUAUGGCAUCUGCUACUGACUGAGUUUUGAUUCAGGAAAAGUGGAGAGACUUUUUUUUUUUUGAAAUAUGAAAUCUGCUUAUAUUGGGGAGGGGGAAAACACCUGGCCUUGUAUCUUUCAUGUGCUCUGUCAGAAUCAAUACUUUGCUGAUUCCCUGCAAGAUACUUGCACUGUGUUCUCUCUCUGUGAAGGCAGAUGACAAGUGGGAGUUGUAUUAAAUAACUUUAAUGGCAUACUCUUCAUUUGCUUGGAAAGCACAUAAGAGAGAGAGAGAAAAGUAAUCACUUUUUAAAAAUAACCUAUGAUGUAAUAAAGGGAAGAAAAGACUUCUAGUCCUCUCUAUACUUGUGAACAAUGUUCACUUUGCAUAAUAUUCUCCCUUCACAGUUUGGGAUUUUUUGAAAGCAGGCUUCCUCUUGGCUAUCAGGAAUAGCACUUGGGAAAGCAGCCUUUUAAAUAAUCAGCAUCCUGGAUUCUGAUGUGUCUGAAUCUUUUUUCUCUUCUUGUAAUGACACAUCCUCUGUUGCCUCUAACUGAUGUUGCUACUUGCACUUUGUCUUGUUCGUUCGACCAUGACAUUGCCAAGUGCUUUUGCUAUUUAAUUCCUACAAUCAGCACCAGAGGGCCACACACCAUAAUCUCCAUGUUAAAUCAUAUGCCGAAAGAGCCUAACAUUUCAUUUUGACUUUUCCUUUUGUAUCUAAUCACUAUGCUUUUCCACAGGGUAUGUUCACCUCGUUCAAUAUUUUAGAUGCAAAUAUUAAUUUCACAUGUGCUUUCUCCUUUGCUGCCAUUUCACAGUGUUCUUUUUCUCCACAGGUCUAGCCUAAUUUUUGGUAUAAACUUAACUCUGUGCAUGUCAUGUUUUCUCUGAAAGAAAAAAAGUGCCUAAAAAUCAGGUAAUGCCGUAGGAAUUUUGAUCCUUAUUAUGCAUUGCAGAAACGUCUGGGUUUAGGUGUGCUACAAAGAGUUAGAAAGCUUUUUGCAUUCUGUCAACUUGGUUUUCAGAGGCAAAGUACACAUGACAUAGUUUGGCAUUGCAUAGCUCAUCUUUCUUUCACAAAUUACUGAUUGAAAUAGGCUGAUGGAAGGGGCACAUUAAUCCUUUGUUCUUGAUGCUUUGUCCUGAUUGGAAUUGUACCCACUUCUCACACAACCUGCUAUUUGCCAUGGAAGUAAAGCUCUUACUGGUACCAAUUCCUUCCAUUGCAAAUAAUAAGCCUGGGGGCAGGGGUGUAAAUGUUGAUUGGGAGCAUGGCAGGAGCAAAGGGUUAAAGGCCCCCUCCACUCACACCACAGUCCCAGUCCAACCACUCACACACACACACACACACACACGAGCAAAAUUAUGUGACAAAUAUUGCAUUAGUUUGGUUCUAUGCUUGCCUUUUCCAGUGGCAGCUCUGCUCUUCCCCCAAGCAGUAUCCCAAAAUAGUUAUAAAUGGAAAAUAAUACCCAAUCUUGUUAGAGAUUUCAUUAGUUGUGCUACUAAACCAUAGAGGCUUGCUUUAUGGCUGGCCUAUGGUGCUAGUUCCAAGCCAUGCAUCUCCGGUGAAUGAGUACGAGGUCUAGUUCUCUCUGAGGUGAAAGACCUCUGCAGACCCACUUAUUCACCUGCAUGGAAUCCCUGGUUGCCUGUUGCUGCCAGGCUAGUGCUUUAAAAGGCAAAGGGGUUGUUUAUGCUGGACUAUUUGUAAUCUGCCCUUUUAAAAAAACUAUAAUUCUUUGCCCAAGCAAUCCAGAUUCUACUUUAAAAAAAAAAAAAAAAGUUGAAUUCUGUGAUCUGAUUGAGCAAAUUCACACAGUUCUGCAUUUUUUGGCUCCUGGGAGGAAGGGCGGGAUAUAAAUUUAAUAAAUAAUUAUUUCAGUA